ACAGCGCGCAGGCGCGGCAGCGACGCAGGCCGCGGCCCCCGGAACGGUAAACAGUGGGGUCACGUGACACGGCCCCUCUCCAGCUCCCGCGCCGCCGCCGCACUCCGAUGGCUGCGGGGUCUCGCGCCGUCGUACGGUCCCCACGCGGCAAGCGACCUUCGGGCUCAGGGCGGCGGCGGCUGCAACGAGGAUUAGGAGGGCGGCGCGGAAGCCAAGAAUAGUGUCGUCAGCAGCAGCCAUUCGGUCCCGGGAGGAAAAGAGGCUGUGGCAGCGACGCCGACGUCCUGCGCGUACCCCCUCUCCGCGGCACCCACCGGGCCCCCUCCUCCUCCUCUUCGGCGGCGGCAGCGUCCACCAUCUUCCUCUUGCUGCCAGUGGUAGCGCUCGUCUGGCGGAGCUGGGCUGGAGUGCAAUGGUGCGAUCUUGGCUCACUGCAACCUCUGCCUCCCAGGUUCAAGCUAUUCUCCCACCUCAGCCUCCCAAGUAGCUGGGAUUACAGGCAUGCACCACCACACUCAGCUAAUCUUUUUUGUUUUUAGUAGAGACAGGGUUUCGCCAUAUUGGUCAGGCUGGUCUCAAACUCCUAACCUCAGGUGAUCUGCCCGCCUCGUCCUCCCAAAGUGCUGGGAUUACAGGUGUGAGCCAUGGCGCCCAGCCUAAAGUGAAAUUUUUUUGUUGUUGUUGACACUUUCUAAAUCUCAUCUUUUUGUAUUCCAUUAAUGCUUGAAACACUUGGAAAGCAAUUAGGCUGUUUUGUUAGUAUAAACUAAACCUGGCUUCAGUAUAAUUCUCUGCGAAUUACAGAUGAAACACAUUUUAAAGCAGGAAAUAUCUUUGGACUCAGAUUAAAUUUUAUUUGGCAAAUUAGUACUAAUUAUUUUUAGUUGUAUUCUGAGUCUUUAUAAAUGGUCCAUCAGGACCAAACUCAGCCAUUCAUAAUUAAGACAUGCUAUUCCCUUUGCCUAGAAUAUCCUCUGGACCUUUAGGAUCCAGCUUACACAUCAUCACCUGCCUAGCCUAUGUUAGCUUCCUGAGUUUCACCUUCCUCUGUGAAGCCCUUCAAUACGGCACUUAGCAUUUUGUUGUGAUGUUUAUACGUGUUGUAUUUGCUUAUGUGUUUAUGUCGUUUUGAAUUGUGAGUUCUUCGACUUUCAGACGGGUUCAUUUCACUAGACUUAAAAUGCUUUGUAGUAGAUGCUUAACACAUGUAUGAGUAAAUGAAUAAUUUUGAAUUAUGCAGAUUAUUCACUUAUAUACUUAGCUGCAUAUAUUCUGUUGUCCGUAAACAUGAAUUUACCCAGAAACAAUUUCUGACUUUAACAUGUAUAUUCCCAAAUUACCAAUACGGAUUUAAUUGGAUAUACGCAUAUCAUUAGCCAUUUAAAAUACACCUUAUAUAGGCUUAUUAUGUUUUACUUAUUUAGAAUGCCAGUAGAUGGGCUUACUAUGUUUUAUUAAAUUUAGAAUGCCAAAUAUAGGGAAGCAUUUAAGUAAAAUUUUAGUGUAAGAAACAGGAAUUUGUUUAAAUUAGACAAUUUGUUUAAUUAACAAAGAUACUAAAUUGGCUCCUAAUUUUCCCCCUUAAUUAGAUCUGAUUAUCUUUGUUAGCCAAAUUACUAGGUAUCCCAGAAUAUUCUUAGAUUAGUUUUUUUAAGACUUUAUUUUGUAAUAAUUUUAUAUUUAUAGAAAAGUUGCAAAGGGUGUGUAGUGUUUCUAUAUACUCUUAUCUAGUUUCCCUGAUUAUUAACAUCUGACAUAAAGCUAGUGCCUUUAUCAGAACAGAGAUUAUUAUUAUUGGUGUAUUACCAAUAAUAAUGGUAAAUUACAGACUUUAUUCUGAUUUUACAAGUUUUUUUUUUUUUUUGCUACUGUCCCUUUUCUGUUCAUGAUCUAAUCCAGGGUACCACAUUGUGUUUAAUAGAUUAGUGUAUCCAUUACAAGUGAGUAAAUAUUUCUACAUUUGGCUAAUUUGUUUGCCUAUUUAGCAUUAGAGCUAUUUUAUUUUUGAGACUGAUCACUUUAUAUCUGAAACUGAUUUUUAAAAAUGAAUUAUACCUCCAGUAAAUGUUACUUUCAAGGGAGUUCUUUUGGAUGGCUACAUACUGUUCAUUUUUGACAUUUUCUCUUUGGAAUUACCUCCAGAGCCAGUUGGAACCACGGCUGAAAGACACACAGAAGUCUUCAUGGAUAUAGUUGAUACAUUUAAUCAUUUAAUUCCUACUGAACACUUAGAUGAUGCCCUAUUUCUAGGAUCCAACCUGGAGAAUGAAGUCUGUGAGGAUUUUAGUGCAAGUCAAAAUGUCUUAGAGGACUCGCUGAAGAACAUGCUCAGCGAUAAGGAUCCUAUGCUAGGAUCUGCAAGUAACCAGUUCUGUUUGCCUGUUUUGGAUAGCAAUGAUCCCAAUUUCCAGAUGCCUUGUUCAACAGUUGUUGGUCUUGACGAUAUUAUGGAUGAAGGAGUUGUUAAAGAAAGUGGCAAUGAUACCAUUGAUGAAGAAGAACUGAUUUUACCUAACAGGAACUUAAGGGACAAGGUAGAAGAAAAUUCAGUGAGAUCUCCAAGAAAAUCACCUCGUUUAAUGGCACAAGAACAAGUAAGAAGUUUGCGACAGAGCACUAUUGCCAAGCGUUCAAAUGCAGCACCAUUAAGUAACACAAAAAAAGCAUCUGGGAAGACUGUAUCUACUGCUAAAGCAGGAGUGAAACAACCAGAGAGGAGUCAAGUUAAAGAAGAAGGAUGUACGUCACUGAAACCUGAGUACCAUAAGGAGAAUAGAAGGUGCAGCCGAAAUAGCGGACAAAUUGAAGUGGUACCUGAAGUAUCAGUGUCUUCAAGUCAUUCUUCAGUGUCAUCUUGUCUUGAAAUGAAGGAUGAAGAUGGAUUAGAUUCUAAGCAUAAGUGUAAUAAUCCGGGAGAAAUAGAUGUGCCAUCUCAUGAAUUAAAUUGUUCACUUCUUUCAGAGACUUGUGUUACUAUUGGAGAAAAGAAAAAUGAAGCUCUGAUGGAAUGUAAAGCCAAGCCUGUUGGUAGUCCAUUGUUUAAGUUUUCAGAUAAUGAACAGAAUGAUUCCAUUUCAGGUAAAACGGGUGAGACUGUUGUUGAAGAAAUGAUAGCAACAAGAAGAGUUGAACAAGAAUCAAAGGAGACAGUAAAAUUAUCCCAUGAAGAUGACCAUAUUCUUGAGAACCCUGGAUCUUCUGAUAUUUCUGGUGAUGCUGCUUGUACAAAUCCAAAUAAGACAGAAAACAGCCUUGUAGGUUUGCCUAGUUGUGUAGAUGAAGUGACUGAAUGUAAUUUGGAAUUGAAGGAUACCAUGGAUAUUGCUGAUAAAACUCUGAACACCCUUGAAAGAAAUAAAAUUGAACCACUGGGUUAUUGUGAAGAUGCGGAGUCUUAUAGGCAGUUGGAGAACACUGAGUUUAAUAAAUCAAACUUAAAGGUGGUUGAUACUAGUACUUUUGAACCAGAAAGUAAUAUUUUGGAAAAUGCUAUUUGUGAUGUGCCUGACCAAAAUUCAAAACAGUUGAAUGCUAUAGAAAGUACUAAAAUAGAGUCCCAUGAAACAGCAAACCUUCAGGAUGACAGAAACAGCCAGUCAAGUAGCGUUUCUUACUUAGAGUCAAAAAGUGUAAAAUCCAAACAUACAAAACCUGUAAUUCAUUCUAAGCAAAAUAUGACCACAGAUACUCCGAAGAAAAUUGUUGCAGCAAAGUAUGAAGUAAUACAUAGCAAAACUAAAGUUAAUGUCAAAAGUGUGAAACGAAAUACUGAUGAACCAGAAUCUCAGCAAAAUUUUCAUAGGCCAGUCAAAGUCAGAAAAAAACAAAUUGAUAAGGAGCCAAAGAUUCAGAGUUGCAAUUCUGGGGUUAAAUCUGUGAAAAACCAAGCUCAUUCUGUAUUGAAAAAAACAUUACAAGAUCAAACUUUAGUACAAAUUUUCAAGCCCUUAACUCAUUCUUUGAGUGAUAAGUCACACGCUCAUCCUGGUUGCUUGAAAGAACCUCAUCAUCCUGCACAAACUGGACAUGUAUCACAUUCCAGCCAGAAACAGUGUCAUAAGCCUCAGCAACAGGCCCCAGCAAUGAAAACCAAUAGUCACGUGAAGGAAGAGCUUGAACACCCAGGUGUUGAGCAUUUUAAGGAAGAGGAUAAACUGAAACUGAAAAAACCUGAGAAGAACCUACAACCCCGCCAAAGAAGAAGCAGCAGAAGUUUUUCUUUAGAUGAGCCACCAUUGUUCAUUCCGGAUAACAUAGCUACCAUAAAAAGAGAAGGCUCUGAUCAUAGCUCCUCAUUUGAAAGCAAAUAUAUGUGGACUCCCAGCAAGCAGUGUGGGUUUUGCAAAAAACCACAUGGCAACAGGUUUAUGGUUGGCUGUGGGAGAUGUGAUGACUGGUUUCAUGGUGAUUGUGUUGGGUUAAGUCUUUCUCAAGCACAACAGAUGGGCGAGGAAGACAAAGAAUAUGUCUGUGUAAAAUGUUGUGCUGAAGAAGACAAAAAGACUGAAAUACUAGAUCCAGAUACUUUGGAAAACCAAGCUACAGUUGAAUUCCAUAGUGGAGAUAAAACAAUGGAGUGUGAAAAGCUUGGAUUAUCAAAACACACAACAAAUGAUAGAACCAAAUAUAUAGAUGAUACAGUGAAGCACAAGGUCAAAAUUUUAAAACGGGAGUCUGGUGAAGGCAGAAAUUCAUCAGACUGUAGAGAUAAUGAAAUUAAAAAAUGGCAGCUAGCUCCUCUUCGUAAGAUGGGACAACCAGUUUUACCUCGGAGAUCCUCAGAAGAAAAAAGUGAAAAAAUACCGAAAGAGUCUACAACUGUUACUUGCACAGGAGAAAAAGCUUCAAAACCAGGUACUCAUGAGAAGCAAGAGAUGAAAAAGAAGAAAGUUGAAAAAGGAGUGCUUAAUGUACAUCCUGCUGCUUCUGCUUCCAAGCCUUCUGCAGAUCAGAUCAGGCAAAGUGUCAGACAUUCUCUCAAAGACAUUCUUAUGAAGAGACUUACAGACUCAAAUUUGAAGGUACCAGAGGAAAAGGCAGCAAAAGUUGCCACAAAAAUUGAGAAAGAGCUUUUCUCUUUUUUUCGGGACACAGAUGCUAAAUAUAAGAACAAAUAUAGAAGUUUGAUGUUUAAUUUGAAAGAUCCUAAAAACAAUAUAUUAUUUAAAAAAGUACUGAAAGGAGAAGUAACUCCUGAUCAUCUUAUCAGAAUGAGUCCAGAAGAACUAGCUUCUAAAGAGUUAGCUGCUUGGAGACGAAGAGAAAACAGACAUACCAUAGAAAUGAUUGAGAAAGAGCAGAGAGAAGUGGAACGACGGCCAAUCACCAAAAUAACUCAUAAAGGUGAAAUAGAAAUUGAGAGUGAUGCCCCAAUGAAAGAACAGGAAGCAGCCAUGGAGAUUCAGGAACCAGCCGCCAAUAAGUCAUUGGAGAAGCCAGAAGGAUAUGAAAAACAAAAAGAGGAGGUUGACUCUAUGUCUAAAGAUACCACUAGUCAACACAGACAGCAUCUUUUUGAUCUCAACUGCAAAAUCUGCAUAGGUCGAAUGGCACCACCUGUAGAUGAUCUUUCUCCAAAAAAAGUAAAAGUUGUUGUAGGAGUAGCUCGCAAACAUUCAGACAAUGAAGCAGAAAGUAUAGCAGAUGCAUUGUCUUCAACUUCAAAUAUUUUGGCUUCUGAAUUCUUUGAAGAGGAGAAACAAGAGUCUCCAAAGUCAACAUUCUCUCCUGCUCCACGUCCAGAGAUGCCUGGAACUGUUGAAGUUGAGUCUACCUUUCUGGCUCGAUUGAACUUCAUCUGGAAAGGUUUUAUCAACAUGCCUUCUGUGGCAAAAUUUGUUACCAAAGCCUAUCCAGUAUCUGGCUCCCCAGAAUACCUGACAGAGGACCUACCAGAUAGUAUUCAAGUAGGUGGCAGGAUAUCACCUCAGACAGUUUGGGAUUAUGUGGAAAAAAUAAAAGCAUCAGGAACCAAGGAAAUUUGUGUGGUUCGCUUCACACCAGUAACUGAAGAAGAUCAAAUUUCUUAUACUUUGCUCUUUGCAUACUUCAGUAGCAGAAAGCGCUAUGGAGUAGCUGCUAACAACAUGAAGCAGGUUAAAGAUAUGUACCUUAUUCCUUUGGGUGCCACAGAUAAAAUUCCACACCCUCUUGUGCCUUUUGAUGGACCUGGGCUUGAACUGCAUAGACCUAAUCUAUUGUUGGGCUUAAUUAUUCGUCAGAAACUGAAGCGGCAGCACAGUGCCUGUGCUAGUACUAGUCAUAUAGCUGAGACUCCUGAAAGUGCACCAAUAGCAUUGCCACCUGAUAAAAAAAGUAAAAUAGAAGUUUCUACAGAAGAAGCACCAGAGGAAGAAAAUGACUUUUUUAAUUCUUUUACAACUGUAUUACACAAGCAGAGAAAUAAACCUCAGCAGAAUCUUCAGGAAGACCUUCCAACAGCAGUUGAACCUUUAAUGGAAGUCACCAAACAGGAGCCACCAAAACCUUUAAGAUUUCUUCCUGGUGUGUUGAUUGGCUGGGAAAAUCAACCUACUACUCUGGAAUUAGCAAAUAAACCUCUUCCUGUGGAUGAUAUACUUCAAAGCCUUUUGGGCACCACUGGUCAAGUAUAUGACCAGGCUCAGUCAGUGAUGGAACAAAACACUGUUAAAGAAAUUCCAUUUUUAAAUGAGCAGACCAACUCAAAAAUAGAGAAAACAGAUAAUGUGGAAGUAACUGAUGGUGAAAACAAGGAGAUAAAAGUUAAAGUAGAUAAUCUUUCGGAAUCUGCAGAUAAGUCAGCAGAAAUAGGAGAAGAAACAUCAAUAGUAGGGUCCUCUUCCAUUUCUGCAGGGCCUUUGACGAGUCUUAGUCUCAGAGGUAAGCCACCAGAUGUUUCUACAGAAGCAUUUUUAACAAAUUUAUCAAUUCAGUCAAAACAAGAGGAAACAGUGGAGAGUAAAGAGAAAACAUUAAAAAGACAGCUUCAGGAAGAUCAAGAGAAUAAUUUGCAAGAUAACCAGACUUCAAAUAGUUCUCCAUGCAGAUCUAAUGUAGGAAAAGGAAACAUAGAUGGUAAUGUGAGCUGUAGUGAAAACCUUGUUGCUAAUACAGCAAGGUCUCCACAGUUUAUCAACCUGAAAAGGGAUCCUAGGCAAGCAGCAGGACGAAGUCAGCCUGUAACUACUUCAGAAAGCAAAGAUGGAGAUAGUUGCCGGAAUGGAGAAAAACACAUCCUGCCUGGCCUGUCACACAACAAGGAGCACUUAACAGAACAAGUCAAUGUAGAGGAAAAGUUGUGUUCUGUAGAGAAAAACUCAUGUGUUCAGCAGAGUGACAAUUUAAAAGUUGCACAAAACUCACCAUCAGUAGAAAACAUACAGACUUCUCAAGCAGAACAAGCAAAACCCUUACAGGAGGAUAUUUUAAUGCAAAAUAUUGAAACUGUGCACCCAUUUCGAAGAGGAUCUGCAGUAGCGACAUCGCAUUUUGAAGUUGGAAACACAUGUCCAUCAGAAUUUCCUUCUAAAAGCAUCACCUUUACUUCCAGAAGCACCAGCCCCAGAACAAGUACAAACUUUUCACCCAUGAGGCCACAGCAGCCCAACCUUCAGCAUCUCAAGUCUAGCCCACCUGGAUUUCCAUUUCCAGGGCCUCCUAAUUUUCCCCCACAAAGCAUGUUUGGAUUUCCACCACAUUUGCCACCUCCAUUACUUCCCCCUCCAGGCUUUGGCUUUGCUCAAAAUCCCAUGGUUCCCUGGCCACCUGUUGUUCAUCUCCCAGGUCAGCCACAGCGUAUGAUGGGUCCUCUCUCACAAGCAUCAAGGUAUAUAGGCCCGCAGAAUUUUUACCAGGUUAAAGAUAUUCGGAGGCCAGAAAGGCGCCAUAGUGACCCUUGGGGUAGGCAAGACCAACAGCAACUGGAUAGGCCAUUUAAUAGGGGUAAAGGGGACCGCCAGAGAUUUUAUAGUGAUUCACACCACUUGAAAAGAGAGCAACAUGAAAAGGAAUGGGAGCAAGAAUCUGAAAGGCAUAGACGCAGAGACAGAAGCCAAGACAAGGACAGAGACAGAAAAAGCAGGGAGGAAGGGCACAAAGAUAAAGAGAGGGCACGGUUAUCACAUGGUGAUCGAGGAACAGAUGGAAAAGCAAGCAGAGAUAGUAGGAAUGUAGACAAGAAGCCAGAUAAACCUAAAAGUGAAGACUAUGAGAAGGACAAAGAACGAGAGAAAAGUAAACAUAGAGAAGGAGAAAAGGACAGGGAUAGGUACCACAAAGAUAGGGACCACACUGACAGAACUAAAAGCAAAAGGUAAAAUUUGCAGGCUGCUUCAGGAUUACAUUUAAAUAACUGUUAAAAUGUUGUAUCUUGUAAACAAAAGAAAGAUUGCCUGCUAGGAUUGUGCCAUCUUUAAAAUUUUUACUAUCGGUCGUUUGCAGAACGGUAAAUUCUGUGUGUUGGUGCAGAGUGCUCUGUACCAGUGCUCAUCAUCCCUUCUUCAUACCAACUGUCCCUAGUUAUAGGAAUUUAAUAUUUUUAAAAGUUUUACAUUGCUGUAUAUUCAAAGAUUUGUUUUAUUAAUAUGCAAUAAAGGCUUAGAAAUUUUA